CAACUGCCCUUGGAGAGUUUCUUCAGUGCCUUUACGGUUUACCCAUGAUCAUGUUGGCAAGACUGAGGCGUCUUGUAGGGAGAGAGAAUGGAGAGGGAAGCGAGACCAGAGAGAGGCAGAAGAAAGAUGGCCUUGAGCCUCAGCGUAAACCAUCAAGAAACAAAUGGUUCAGAGGAAGGCGACGGUCCGCUGGAGAACAACCAUCUCCCCAAACCGUCCUCACCAAGAAGCAGAAGGUGAAGAGUCUGACCACUCAGCUACAGCAAAUGACCAGAGAAAGAAAUGAGCUACGGGAUCACCUGAUCUCCAUCACCGAAGGACCCAUGGACAAUAGGACCAGACCCUACUGUAAGCCAAAUCUUUUAUUUGAGAACCUGAAGAGGAAGCAUGAGAGGGUCAUGUCAGACUUGCAGCGCUUGGAGGAUGAGAAGAAUGAAGUCACAGCAGAGUUCAAUGAGCUUGCCAAGGAGUCAUUCUUCUAUUGCAAUCUGCAGUACCAGCUCCUGAUGGAGAAGUAUCAGAUGGAGGAUAAGGUGGACUCGCUGAAGCAGGAGAACAAGAAAUUGCUGGAGUAUUGGGUCCUGCUGCAGAAGCACUUGGAGGAUUUGCACUUGGUCUUUCCAGACCAAGAGGAAGAGAACAGAGACCUGCAGAUCCAGGAGCAUCAGGAGAAGCAGAGACUGGAGGAAAGUCUGCAGUCCCCAGUGAAGCAGAGGGAGAUCGUCAACCAGGAAAAGAACUUGGCAGGAAAUCUGCAGCAUCAUGUGACUGUCUCCCAGAUGAGGUCAGAGAAUCUCCAACAUGAGCUGGAGCAACCCUCCACACAGGAUGAGAGCCUCCCGCCAACAGAGCUGCUGCAGCAGGAGCACUAAGGGGCACAGGCAACACCCUUCAGAGGACUGAGGAGGCCAAAGGAAGCCACAGACAACCCAAACCCAUUGCUCCACUAAAAGAUCAAGACCUCCUCAGACCAAGACAUGUCUUUCUAACUGUAGACUCAGCAUUGAGGCAAAUAUCAACCUCCUUCCUAUAGGUGAUCUAUCCCUAAUCUGAGCCUUGUGCCUGUUGGCUCACUACUUCUGGAGUAAAAACCCUCAGAAAGAAGCUUGGCAUACAGAACACCCCAUAAAGAGUGAUGAGGAAGCCGACAUCCCCCAGGAAGUGAGGCACAGCAGCAAGGAGGGAGGAUAUCACUCUGCCCAGUUACUCUGAAAGCUUGUGGCUGAGAAGGAGUCUAAGAUAACUGGGCGCUUGACCUUCAAAGCCCAAAAGUGGCCUGGCUGCACUUGUCUUGAAAAGAUUAUGACAAUCUGUGCCUGCCUUCCUAUUUGUGCCCAAAGUUGGCCACAGGGUGGAACCAUGCUACUCAGUCUGCCCAAAGAAAAUGUUCUUUAGUGUAAAUUUCUUUGCUUGAUUUUUGGGUUUAGGUUUGUUUGCAUUCAGAUUUUUGUUUGCUUUGUUAUCAUUUGAGGUUUAGAUAUAUCUUGGUUCUAUAGUUCUUGUUUUUUAUUUGA